CGGGGAGGGCGGGAGCGAGCGGAGCCCGCAGCGAGCAGCGACCGGGCCGCCGCCGCCUCCGCCUGCGCAGCGCCCGCACCGACCCCGCAGCGCCAUGGCGGCCGCGGCCGCCGAGCCCAGCACCGGCCGCUACCAGCAGCUGCAGAAUGAAGAGGAGCCGGGUGAGGCUGUGCCGGUGGUGAACGACGCCCCUCCGCCCUACAGCAGCAUUUCUGCAGAGAACACAGCUUACUUUGACUACAAGGAUGAGUCAGGGUUCCCGAAGCCGCCGUCCUACAACGUGGCCACCACUCUGCCCAGCUACGACGAGGCCGAGAGGAGCAAGGCUGAGGCCACCAUUCCCUUGGUUCCUGGCAGGGAUGAUGACUUUGUGACACGGGAUGACUUUGAUGACACUGACCAGCUGAGGAUAGGAAAUGAUGGCAUUUUCAUGCUGACUUUCUUCAUGGCAUUCCUCUUCAACUGGAUUGGAUUUUUCCUGUCUUUCUGUCUGACUACUUCAGCUGCAGGACGAUAUGGGGCCAUUUCUGGCUUUGGUCUGUCUCUUAUUAAGUGGAUCCUUAUUGUCAGGUUCUCCACCUAUUUUCCUGGUUACUUCGAUGGCCAGUACUGGCUUUGGUGGGUCUUCCUUGUACUAGGUUUUCUGCUGUUUCUCAGAGGAUUUAUUAAUUAUGCAAAGGUUAGGAAGAUGCCAGAUACGUUUUCCACUCUUCCAAGAACCAGAGUUCUCUUUAUUUACUAAAGAUGUUUUCUGGCAAAUGUCUUCCUGCAUUAGUGAAAUCCCCCCCAAGAAGCAGCAGGACACCUGCAGGAAGUGAAUCAAGGCUCUGGAGCAGAAGAAAAAAUAAUCACCUGCUUUAAAAUAAAUAAAUAAAAGUACUGUUGGAAAAAGAAAAAAAAAAGGAGAAGCAUUUCUUUUGAUUUGUUUUUAGGUGUAAAAUUUUAAUAAUUAACGCAGAAUUCUGUAAUUGUUGACUCAUUAGUGGCUAAUGUUUGAAGCAGCUCUUGCAGUGCGUCUGUGGUGUGCUGAUGGAGCCCUUCAGCCAGAGUUUGUGGUGUUUGGGCAGCAGGAGCCGUCCCGGGGCCAGCAGGGACCAGGCUUGCUUUAGUUCCUCUCCAGCCUGGGAGCUGCCCGGGCUCUGCCUGUGUUGGGCAGAGUGCGACACUGUGCUGGACUGUGUGACACCCUGUGCUGUGCAGUGUGUGACACUGUCCUGGACUGUGUGUGACACCCUGUCCUGUGCAGUGUGUGUGCUCUGUGUUCUGUACAGCCCAUGGAACUCCAUGUCCUGUACAGUCCCCAUGUGUCACAUCCUGUACAGCCUGUGUGCAUCGUGUCCUGUACAACCCAUGGAACUCCAUGUCCUGUCCAUCCUGUGUGCUCCACGUACAUCAUGUCCUGUCCAUCCCUGUACUCCAUGUACAUCAUGUCCUGUCCAUCCCUGUACUCCAUGUCCUGUCCUGUCCAUCUCCUGUUUCAUGUACAUCAUGUCCUGUCCAUCCCUGUACUCCAUGUCCUGUCCUGUCCAUCCCUGUACUCCAUGUACACCAUGUCCUGUCCAUCCCCAUAUUCCAUCCGCUGUCCAUCCCUGUCCCCCAUGUCUUUUCCAUCCCUGUCCCCCAUGUCCUGCCUGGCAGCCCAGGGGUGACUCCAGAGCUGAGGCUGCUCGUGCAGUCCCCCAGCACCCAGGGGCCUGUGGAGGAUAAGGGGUCACUGCAGUCCAGACUCGGAGGUGUCAUUGGGAAUUUAGAGUUGGCACAAGUAUUAACUUUUAACAGUCUUUAUUCUCGGUGUUGUAGUAUCCUUUCCUUUCGCACCACCAACUUUUGGGGCUCUCCAGGGGUUUUCACGGAACAAGUCUGUAGUGUAAAACUAAAAGAUCAUGUUGCAACUUUGUAUAAAAACCAUCUUGCAAAACAAAGGCCUUUUUUUUUUCUUUGGCUUGGGACUUUUGAGACAAUUCCUAACAUACCUGUAAUUCUUGCUUUUAUAAUUUGUGUUAGCAGAGACUCUGAUGCGUUGGAAAUGUAGAUUUAAUGUGCACUCCUGUGCUUUCUGCCAAGUGGUCAUUCACUUUGGAGUUUUACUAUGUUCAACCUGUAAAUACAGCAGAACGUCAAUAAAUGUCACUUCUGUAGCAA